GCCGUAGAAGAAGAAUCACCAAAACAUUUUGACUGAAGACUACAACCUGUGUGAUUGACUUCUGACCCUGGUGAAGAUGUCUCACUGAACAUGUGACCUCACAGCAGAGCCAAAACUGCUAACCAGGAUCAACUCUCUCAGCUAAGUCGUUGGUGCCGGGAAGCAUUUGGUGUUUCUGACCUCCUGAGUAACGUGUCUCCAUCUGAAGGCUGUUUUACUGAUGCCGCGACAGAAAGCGUGCGGCUGCCUGCGAUGGUCCAGCACCGUCACCCAAGCCCUGGUUCUGUCCAUCGUCACGUUCGGUGUGGUUCUUCCUCACUGCUGCCAUCGGCUGCUUUACUCAUACUUCUUCGACAGGUCCAAGUACCUGGACUCCAUGAGUGAAGACGCCCUGCAGCAGAGCCUCAGCCGCGGCCAGGAUGCGCUACGCUUCUGGCAGAGCGCUUCCACCACAGCGGCCUCUGUCGGGUUCACUGACAUCACUCAGAAUCCUGAGCUGCUGGUCACCGUGGUAACCACCAGGCGCAGCGAGGCCACAGACUACCACUACCUGCUCCAGGUGAUGCAGCAGCUUAGCGUCCUCUUAGGCAACUGUGGUGAGAAGCAACGCUGUGCAGAGGUGCUCGUCUGUGACGUGGAAAGCCGUCCGCUGCAAAACGAGGACGCCAAGCUGCUGGAGGGACACUUUCGUGUGAUACGGCGUUCGCGUGAGGAGGAACUGAAGAACAGGGAGCUGGUCAACAUCUUCGAGAGGGAGAAGAGGGACUACGUCUUCUGCCUCCGUAAAGGAUGGGAGCUGGUGAAGCCCAAAAACAUGCUGGUACUGGAGGAUGAUGCUGUGCCUCGACACGGCUUCUUUGCUGUGGUCAACAAUUUGCUCUCCCGUCAGUUUGCCCGCCACACUCUUUACAUCAAACUGUUCCACCCUGAAAGACUUCAGCGCUACUGGAACCCCGAGCCGUACCGCAUUCUGGAGUGGGUCGGACUCGGGCUGGUCGGAGCCACUGCUCUCCUCCUCACCUUUCCAUACAUCAACCCGUGCUCCUUCUCCUUCACGCUGUCUGGCCGCCACCUGAUUUUUUUCACACUGUACAUCAUGUCCGUCGCAGAGCUCGUAGGCCGACACUAUCUUCUAGAGAUCCGUAGACUUUCACCACAGUUUUACGCAGUCUCCCCGGCCACCGAGUGCUGCACACAAGCAAUGCUGUUCCCCGGUAACACAUCCGUCAGAGUGGCCCAGUACCUGGACGGCUCCUUCUGCUCUCCAGGUAAUGCCAAAGACAUCGUCCUGUACCAUAUAGCGAGGACGACCCCCGGAGAGCAGUCUCACAGCGUGGAACCCAAUCUCCUCAUGCACAUCGGAGCCUAUUCCUCAGUCAGACCCAACCCAAACCAGCCCAGGCUCCUCUGACUCUCCCUAUCCGGGAAUCAGAUGUUCGUUUCUUUGAGCAAAAACAAAGAUUUAAUGGGUUGAAUUUCGCUUGGUGUUGUCCUUUAGGCUGUUCAUAAAAUCUUGUUUGGGAUUCUGGUGGUGAUGUUGUUUUUGUGUUAUAGAAAAGUGUUUUAUAUAAUGGCUGAGUGAAUCCUUGUCAUUUGAUUGGUGGGUUGUAUGUCACAUGACAUGGAUUAUUCGUACCAUUUGCCGUUGUGUUUCAUUGACUGUGCAGUAGCUCAUUUUUAGUGUGCCAUGUUGGUGAAAUAUGAAAUGUGUUUUUGCACACCCUGACAACCGCGCAUGCUCACACUACAGGGGGCGGAGUUUGUUUUGCUGGUGGACAACGAUCUGAAGGAGCUAAGUGACGCUGCUAAUUCAUCUAACAGAAAAAACAAAUCCACCACGCCGUGAACUGUCUGGAGGCAUGAAGCGCUGUUAGGAUGAAGAGUUGGACAAAUUUCUGAUGUGAUUUUUCACAGCAGUGAGGAAAGCAGGCGGCAGUCUGUACGCAAAUCUGUGCAUGGCAUCACGGACUACCGAGAACACUUCUGGACUCUUGUUUAAAGUUUGUGUUGGACUGUUAAACAUCAGUGAGGAGCACCAAAAUCUAAGGCUCUUUUCUGUUGUUUAUAUAUUAAUAAAAUAUCAAAUGACAAGGAUCUCUUUUUGCCCUUAUAUAAAACAAAUAAUGAAUGUUUUUCCAUUCUUUCAAUUGUCUUGUUGAAUGGUUUGUUCCAGCUUUCACCUCAUUAAAUAUUUGUUCCACUGAACUCAUAAACAUUCAUUAUUUGUAUAAAGAUGUAUUGUAGAAAUGGGGUUGGAUAAUAUUAAAGGAUUAUUAACUGAGCAAGCGUUUAUUAUAUGGCAUAUGAACACACAAACUUGUAGUAUUGCCUGAAUGUGCUGCUGACAGUGUUGGAGCUUGUUCGCUUUCUUCACCUCCACUAUCUUAACUGAUGGUCCAGUCGUUAGCUGGUAAACUUUCAGUUUUUUUCUGAUGCUGUUUAGAUAUUUAUGGAAUACAUUCAUGUCCAACUUGGUUAUCUAAUUGUGUUUUUAGCUUCCUGGUUUGUAACGAAAAUACAUGUUGCAGACCGGUUAUCUGACCGGUAAUCAGCCAAUCAGAGCAUUGCAGCCAAAUAAUGAAAGUUUAUACUUCUGCCUACUCCUUUUCAAACAAAACAAUGUGAAGAUGUAGCUAUUGUAAAAAUAGUCAACUUUGCUAA